AUGUGCUUCUACAGCGGUCAGCUCGACCCGGACCAAGUAUCAACAGUCCGGCUUGACCAGGUCGACGUCCGGCGCCGGGUCAAAGCGAUCGCAAAGACCAGCCUGCCGGAGCGGUGGAGCGGGGGUAUGCCGGCAUACAGCUGGAAGCACCGAGCGCCCCCGAGGUUCGCCCGUCAAGAGAAUGAAGACGGGAAAUCCCCGGACAAACGCUUUGCGGCCCCGCGCCUGACCAUCGACCAUGAGGAUCCGGACUCGGAGGACUUCAUGCCGAUUGCUCACGCCGGCCCUCGCCGUACGGAACCUGACUCGGGCCAUGCCGCCGAGGCGCCUGAACCGGCUGCUGCUACUGCUCCGGUUCGGGAGAAACGCGCGCUUGCAAAGCGUCCCGUCGAGCAGAGUCUUCCGCAGAACGUGAAGCGGAAGAACACCGCGGCACGUGGUCCUAAGCCAAAGCCCCUGAUUGUCGGCCCAAGUGCCGACGCCACGGUCGUCGGCGAGACCGAGACUCCUGCGGCCAGGGUCCCCGCAGGCGAGGCCGCCACCGAGACCGCCCCUACCUCGACUGCAGCCGAGACAUCGCAGGAGCCACAAGCUUCUGAGACGCUGCAACAGCCGCCAGCUUCGAAGACGCCGCCGCAGCCGGCUGCAGGUCCUCAAGGACCUCAAGGGCCGCUGCCAACCCCGACGCCGCCUCCGUCUCCAUCACGGCCGGCGGACGCCCAACCUGCUGCCGCCCAGGCCAAGAAGGCCAAAAACCCUGCUGCUGCAGCAGGGCCGGCAGCCCAGGGUUCUGUUGCCCCGCGGCCUUCUGUCAGGCCGCAGGAGCUCUGCAUGAACAAGCGCACCGCCAUCUUCAAGACUUUGCUAGCAAAGUAUAAGAAGUUGGAGGCGGAGCACGAGGCGCUCAAAAUUGAGCGCGAAAGCCAAGUCAGGGACAGCGCCAAAGUAGCGGAGCUAGUGAAGCGCGUCGCCGAAAUCCAAGGCCGAGGAGAAGAUUCGGCUGGAAAGCGAGGUGAAGAAGGGCGAAGAUUUAGCGACUGGCGGGAGUCGACCGCUCGCAUCGGCGCCAACGAGGCGUUGUCAUUCGUACUAUCAUGGUACGACGGCAUCAAUCUUGAUGUGCUACAAUCGAUGCGCGCCGACUCUCGCUACCUCAUGGACCCGGAGCUGGUGGCGAAGCGUAAGGAGCAGGCUUACUCCUUCAUCUAG